AUGUCGCAGCAACUACCAGACCGUGUUAGCAAGACCAAAGCUGCUGAAAAGAUGGCCGCCAUGAUCGUGCAACCGCUGCCCGCUCUUACAGAGUCCGAAGGACAGAAGAUCCGGCUCACGUUCGCCAGAGACAUAUGGAACGCCUACACACCGCGCACACAAAGCUCCACAAUCUCACCAAUAAAGUCAAAAGAAGGACAGAAGCGGAAACGCAAGCCGACACCCAUCAAGACGGAAGAUGAUGCUUCUACGAAGAAGGCAAAGCAAUCCCCGCCCAUUUUGCGACAGUGCAAAGUCAAGGUAUCGAGAUUUCAGUACGGCGGUCCCGAUGCACGUGUGGGAGGCAGGUAUAGAGAUAUGAUUACCUUGGAGACACCGUGUUUUCAGACAACGUGUAAGAAUUGCUGGAUGGGGCAUGGGCAUUUGAUGCGCAGUCUUUCUCGCACUGACAGCGCGCAUAAUCUGGAGCAUCCGGAGAUGGAGCCGCUGAGUCCGGCCGUCGACCCCAUGAUUGUGAACGAUGAAUGGCAGAUGUACCAAAGUCGACGUAACAGCACAACUGAUAUAUCCGCUCUUACCGUCCCCUCAGCACGUGGGCAAAUCUCCACGGAUUCAUCGCCAAUAUUAACGCCCGUAGACGCCGCAUUCGCGACGCAAUGCGGUUUCAACCGCCUGCUCACUCCUUCUCCUUACACUUCAACAGCACCUGCCACACCACAAAAGUACAACAUCUUCCUACCAACCUCUUUGUUGAGACACACAGCCUCGCAGACAUUGCCGAGCAAGACGCGCUGGCGCGAGACUUCACGACAGCACCAUACAGUCAGACUCGCAUUCUCCACGAACAAAGGGAGGGCGGAAUUCAAGUCGCUCGUGCAUGAGCAGGCGAAGAAGGGGAUCAAGAGAGAGCGUGAGCGACUGAGACGAGCGACUAAGCAGGUUGUGAGGGAGAUUUUGGGGAUGGAAGGGGGUGGGGAUGGUGUGAAGAGGAAGAGGAGGAGUCAUAAACUGAAGCUGGCUUUCAAGAGCAGGACCGGCAAGGAAAGCUACAAAAGACUCAUUGAGACAUAUCUGCGGCAGGGCUAG